AAUGUCAGCUUGCUGUUCAAGUUGUACUGCCUCACAGUGAUGACCCUGGUGGCUGCAACGUACACGGUCGCACUGCGGUACACCAGGACGGUGGAGACAGAGCUGUACUUUUCCACGACGGCCGUGUGUAUCACUGAGGUUAUCAAGUUGUUCUUGAGUGUGGGCAUCUUGGCUAAAGAAACUGGAAGUCUGGCAAGGCUAAUAACAUCUUUAAAAGAAAAUGUAUUCGGAAGUCCUACAGAAUUGCUAAAACUAAGUGUUCCAUCUUUGGUGUAUGCUCUUCAAAACAAUAUGGCGUUUGUGGCUCUUAGCAACUUGGAUGCGGCAGUCUACCAGGUGACAUACCAGCUGAAGAUCCCUUGUACAGCUUUAUGUACAGUCCUGAUGCAGCUGCAGUGGUUCUCUGUCUUCAUGCUGUGCGGUGGCGUUACCCUUGUUCAGUGGAAGCCUGCGCAGGCUACGAAAGUACAGGUGGAGCAGAAUCCAUGGCUAGGGUUUGGAGCGAUUGCUGUUGCUGUGUUGUGUUCAGGAUUUGCAGGAGUUUAUUUUGAGAAGGUCUUAAAAAGUUCAGAUACUUCCUUGUGGGUGAGGAAUAUUCAGAUGUACUUAUCGGGGAUUGUGGUGACUCUGUUUGGUGUGUACAUGUCGGACGGAGCCCAGGUUCUUGAAAAAGGGUUUUUCUAUGGCUAUACGUACUACGUCUGGUUUGUCAUCUUUCUCGCCAGCGUCGGUGGCCUCUACACCUCGGUCGUUGUUAAGUACACAGACAACAUUAUGAAAGGCUUCUCCGCAGCGGCAGCCAUCGUGCUUUCCACUGUGGCAUCAGUCGUCCUCUUUGGCCUCCAGAUAACUGUUACCUUCUCCCUGGGUGCUCUCCUGGUGUGUAUUUCUAUUUACCUCUACGGAUUACCUCGACAAGACACCACAAAGAUCCAGCCAGCAGAGACUAAGAGCUCAAAAGAGAGACUUGCUACGGUGUGA